CAAAUUAAUCCUAUUCUCAACAUUCCAGGUUAUCUGGUUCUAUGCAGCCUGUUCCUCCUGACGAGGGGACAGUCCCUCUUCGACGAGGUGGAUCAUACUUUCGGUGCCAGCGAUAAUAUCCCAGAUGUCUCCCUGUCCCAAUCAACGCACGAAGCCAUCUUAUCUGAAAAUGAAGAACACCAAACAUCAGAAGUCUCUCUCUUCGGUGGGCCUAAGAUGUCCCUCAGCAUGAAGGAACUUCAGGAAGGGGGUUAUCCCGAAGCAGCAGCAGGGCAGGCUGACCUGCCCUCCAAGAAGUUCCCCAACUCUGGCAUUUACAGGACCAAUCCAUCGACCAAGCCUCGGGUAGCCUCGGCAACCGUCGCCACCAGCCUCGCCGGUGGCCAACAAGGCGGGUCUCUCUUUGAUAACCUCCCUAACGCGGGUGCCAGUUCAAAGAGCCGCAGCGUGGUUCGCCCUACCACCAGGGGCUUGAACUCCGCGAAAACGCCGAAAGAUCGUCACACCAGCCUCUUCAACCCUUCUGAUUUUAUCAUUCCAUCUUCUCAAAGAGAGUUCAUCGACAAAGACGCUGACUACGAUGAGCCUUCGUCCUACGAGGACUACUACGACGAGGACGAGAGUUUUGGGGACGAACCAUCACCCACCACUCACAGGUUUCGCCUCCCGCCGAGCGGAAACCAUUCUUCACAGGAAGCCCCAGAUGAAGCCUCAAUAUCGCAAACCCUCCAGCUACUCGUCCACUACGCCCAGCACCUCGCUGCCUCCCUCAACACAACCACUCCAACCUCCUCCUCCACCCCAACCUCCUCCUCCACCCCAACCUCCUCUCCUCCUCCUCCUCCAGCCCUACAAGGAGACCUGCAGCUUGCACUAGAAAGGUUGACGAGUAAAAAAUCCAAAGCUUUGAAUUCUCCGGAAAACAACAAUGUCGAUUUCUUUGCUUUGUAUAAUGAAAAUCUUCCCGGACUGGCGAAACUUUUGGGUACUCCAGACGAAGACAGCAGAGAUACUCCAACCUCUGGCGAGGACUUGAACGACAAGACACUAGCAGACAUUAGGAGGCGACGACUGGAAGACCUGAAGCUUGCCAUGGAGAUUAUCACAGCAUUUGAAAGUCCGUCAUUGAGAGACGAAAAAAAUGAUGAAGAAUUUGAGCUGAAGCUGGCGAAGUCUAUCUACAACCGGCAAAUAAACUCCUUGUCAGAACUCAACAGGAAACAGCGUGACACUGUCCACUCUCUAAUGACUAUGGUUAAGGGUUCAAGAUCACGACAUCCCAAUGGCUAUUACUUUCCGGUCAAAGAUCCUCUACCAUCAGCUCCUCUCUUUACCAGCUAUCCCUCACCAGUCCAACAAAGAGAUCUGCCAGCUCCUCCUCCUCCUCCAACAAACCGCUAUUUCUUACCAAUCCAACGAGAUCCACCAGCUCCUCCUCCAACAAACAGCUAUCUCCCACCAGUCCAACGAGAUCCACCAGCUCCUCCUCCAACAAACAGCUAUCCCCCACCAGUCCAACGAGAUCCACCAGCUCCUCCUCCAACAAACAGCUAUCUCCCACCAGUCCAACGAGAUCCACCAGCUCCUCCUCCAACAAACAGCUAUCUCCCUCCAGUCCAACCACAAGAUCCACCAGCUCCUCCUCCAACAAACAGCUAUUUCUUACCAAUCCAACGAGAUCCACCAGCUCCUCCUCCAACAAACAACUAUCUCCCACCAGUCCAACAAAGAGAUCCACCAGCUCCUCCUCCAACAAACACCUAUCUCCCACCAAUCCAACAACAAGACCUUCCAGCUCCUCUUCCUCCCACCAAUAGCUAUCUCCCACCAAGUCAGCAACGUGAUCCGCCAGCUCCUCCUCCCACUAGCAGUUACCUCCAACCAAACCAAAAUACGGUGGCUGAUCAACCUGGUCCACCAGCUCCUCCGAGAACCCCGUCCAAUAGUUACAUUCUCCCAAGUCGAAAUGAAGAAUUUAGCCAGAAAGAAAGAUCCAGGCUCGUCAUCACUCCAGCUGAGAUUUACAUUUUUCCUAAGGGACUUCCAACAUCACAGACGCAGAGUGGCACACCCCAACAGGCAGAUCCUUCAGCAAGCUUGUCGACUGCAUAUCGGUUGCCCAAUAGAGUCACAGCAUCUGCUGCUCCCCGGCCUCCGCCUGUCUAUGUCGCUAUACCUCCGACAAAACCGGCCGACCCUGAGUCUUUACCACCAGCUCCACCGAACACCAUUACACAAAGGCCCUCACAAGAAUACCUACCUCCCAGAGACGAGGUGGCGACCACCCUAAACCCCUACUACAGGCCUCCCACCGGAUUCUUGCCUCUCGAGGGCACCGGAAGCCGUGAUGACUCCGAUAAAUGGAGACCCAUCACACCUCCGAGCAAUGCAGCCUCUUACACCACAGAUCAUCUAGAUACGCAGGAUGACCCUAGCCCAAGCGGUACCAGCAACUAUUACUACCAUUACCAUUAUCACUACGCAGGGGAUAACAACGAAUUCUCAGACACUGGGAACAAGAAAGAAGACUCCAGUAGCAAAGAACGUAGUUACAAGUCAGCAAAGUGCAAGUCUGGGAAUGAUUGCAAUGAUCAGGUAUCAGCAGAUCCUAUCGGUUCUAGAUCAGGAUAUUCCUCUUUUUCUACUCACAGAGAUCAGAAAGAUAUUUUUAGUGACCCGCUGCCUUCCAAUGCCCUCACGGCUCCUCGCCAACAAAGUCCGCCCUCUUCAUAUUCUUCCCUUCCGCUGGAUGCUCCCUCUGCUCUAACACAGGUUCCGUCUCAUUUAAGCUCGCCUUCGGGAAAAUAUGGAUACAUGCAUUCGCUUCCGUCUCCACCUCCUGCAGCUCCUCCAAGACCAUCAAAUACAUACGGGCCUCCACCUCCUGCAGAUCCCCCAUCAAAUACAUACGGACCUCCACCUCCUGCAGAUCCCCCAUCAAAUACAUACGGACCUCCACCUCCUGCAGAUCCCCCAUCAAAUACAUACGGACCUCCACCUCCUGCAGAUCCCCCAUCAAAUACAUACGGACCUCCACCUCCUGCAGAUCCCCCAUCAAAUACAUACGGACCUCCACCUCCUGCAGAUCCCCCAUCAAAUACAUACGGGCCUCCACCUCCUGCAGCUCCCCCAUCAAAUACAUACGGGCCUCCACCUCCUGCAGCUCCUCCAAGACCAUCAAAUACAUACGGGCCUCCACCUCCUGCAGCUCCCCCAAGACCAUUAAAUACAUACGGGCCUCCACCUCCUGCAGAUCCCCCAUCAAAUACAUACGGGCCUCCACCUCCUGCAGCUCCCCCAAGACCAUCAAAUACAUACAGGCCUCCACCUCCUGCAGAUCCCCCAUCAAAUACAUACGGACCUCCACCUCCUGCAGCUCCCCCAAGACCAUCAAAUACAUACGGACCUCCACCUCCUGCAGCUCCCCCAAGACCAUCAAAUACAUACGGGCCUCCACCUCCUGCAGCUCCUCCAAGACCAUCAAAUACAUAUGGACCUCCACCUCCUGCAGAUCCCCCAUCAAAUACAUAUGGACCUCCACCUCCUGCAGAUCCCCCAUCAAAUACAUACGGGCCUCCACCUCCUGCAGCUCCCCCAAGACCAUCAAAUACAUAUGGACCUCCACCACCUGCAGAUCCCCCAUCAAAUACAUACGGGCCUCCACCUCCCUUAAAUCCACCUGAGCCUAUGUAUGGAUAUAGGCCUCCGCCUCCCUCAAAUCCAGCUGAUCCAGUGAAUGGAUACGGACCUCCACCUCCAUCAAAUCCACCUGGGCCAAUGUAUGGGCCUCCACCAGUAAAUCUACCAAUCUUUCAACCGCCAGCUCCGCCACCUACACCUUCAUCGGCAUACGGUCCUCCUCAAAAUACAAACCGGUAUCCUCGUUCUCCUCCAACUUUGUCCUAUGGUCCACCACCAACGACGACGAGCCCCCCAGCCAUCCCUCCAGUCACUGCGUCACCUACAUACGGCGCCCCACCGGCAGACCCUCAGCCUCCUGCUCCUCCCAGCACAGCCUUCAUUCCAGCGCGACCUCCUCCACCACCAAGAAUCCCGUUCUUGUUGUCGAAGAAACGCAAGCCGCCCAAGUUUUUUCAACGGUCCCCCGUUGUGGCCAUCGGACCCAUCGCACAUGGCCAGCCAGCUCAGUAUGCACAGCCUGCAAGUCCUCCACGUGAUCCAGUGAAUCAACAGCGAGACCAACUACAGCUGGAAUAUUUUCAAAAUCAGCUGCAGAUGCAAGAAGAAGCAAACAAGUUAAGAGACCUGAAUGAUCUUAAGUUGCGAAUCAAAGUUCAAGAAAUGCAGAAAGAGCAGAUGAAAAAAAGUUUAUUUAAGCGUCUGAAAGACGAAAAAGCCACAGACUUCAAAAAACUGUUCUAUGAAGGGGCCAUGUUGCUGGGCGCCAUGUCACUUCUGCCCAUCGCUGCUGGUCGUCGCCGGAGAGACGUCUCGGAAUACCCAUUUAUUGAGAACGGGACACUCUUUACCGGCCCUGUAACCCUACCCGAAAUCUUCAACAAUACGAGCCUAGAGAUGACGACGCCCAAUCCCUCUCAAAGCAGCCCCAACAUAACCUUGGAGGAAGUGAUCACAGUGCUUCAGAUCAAGGGGCUGGACGAAAUUGAGAACGAGAGUACACAAGAACUUUCAUCAUGGCUGCCGUCUGCCAACAGCCUCGGGGACUACAACUGUCUACGCCGGUCCUUUUGCCAGCUCAUGUCGCACCUAGAGGGUACCCCGUUACACCGCGAGUUUCUCAACUACUACCUCUUGCUGUUCCCAGAGUGGCGAGGGAUACCGUGGCUGACGGCGGCGCUGCAGGAGACCCAACUGAGGGAACGCCACACCACCAUCACCCAGCACCUCCACCCUCUUCCCUGUCAAGACUUCGUCUGUACACCCGCUGACUAACCAGUCUUAAGGCGACACUGCGGCUAUGUAUUUAACAGUGACACCUUGAACCGACUUCACGAGUUAAGAAAAUGUAUCAUGUAGUUCAUACAUGAGAAUUUCCCAACUUAAAUAUAUAUAUAUACACACACACACACAUUACCGGAGUUGUGAAUGGUGAAUAAAUGAAUAUAUAUUGUAAAGCCGAAAUUUCCUCCGACGUGCUAGCAAUCGUAUUCCCAAACCACAACCAGUAGUUGUGUAGCAGUAGUAGCAGUAAUUUUUUUUUAACUUUAAUUAAUAGGUUACAUUUGGCUUGUAGGCAUCCAUCAGUCUCAGGAGACUAUGGAGUUGGGCUCUGGGGCUCUGGUUGUCGGUUUGGCUAAACCUACACAGUUUAUACAUUACCUGUUAAACGGAUGGACUGACGUAAUACUUGUAGGUGAACUCUCCGUGUAGCCUUCCAUAGUUACUGGUGAUAGUGUUCAAGGGCGCUGAAGGGUCACAACACAGUAAAGAACGACACUCUCCCCACGACGGCCGGCAGGUGACUGGCGUCUCGGAAUCUCGGUACCUUGACCGAGGUAAACAAGACCACGUGUACUCCAGCGAUAUCUACCGGAACUAUCUUAGUUACUCAUAGGAACGAUUUGUAUAAGUGGUUACGAAUAAAAUUUCUGAUUCUGAGUAGUAUAGGUCUUGCGAGGGGGGUUGUAUUAUGAUAAAUAUAUACAAAUACUAACAUGCCGUUGUACAGCCCAACGACGUUAAGAUCUUAAGAAUAAAUCCUUCUCCUUAACUUGCACUUAUUGUAUGAACAUAUCCACAAGGGCCGUGACGAGGGUUCGAACCUACGUCUGAGAGGCUCCCAGACGCUUGUGGACUUGUUCAUUUGAUGCAUCACGCUAUUGUGAUUUCUGUGUGUAUUGUACUUAUUGUAUUUAUUGCAGCUUUGAUCUAGUGGGGACUAUUUUAUUAUAAUAUUUUUAUUAUAACUUCCUGCGGUUUUAGGCUUAACAAGCUAAGUAGCUUUCAUACAAACUACUGCUUACCUCAUCAAAUCACAGGAUUAGGACUGUUUUCCUCAUAGUUAUUUAUGAAAAUGAUUUUAUGAACGUUAAAUAUAAUGUAUCCAGAAUGAGUAUGAUAAUUACAUCGUUGCAUGCAGAGUUAAAUAUAUUGGUAAAACAUUCACUUUCUAGUGGCGCUGCCCAAUAAACUCGCCCCUCGGGGCAAAAUUUAAAAAUUUAAAAAAAAUCACUUUCUAUAUGUAAUCAAAUUAAUUAAGUCAUAUAUUUUAUGUUUAAUGUUCAGGUCCGCUUUUCCCGCAAGUAUGUUCAAGUUGCUUGGCACUAGGUUAUGUUGGGUAUUGCAACUUGUCUACAUUAGUAUUGCUGCAUCUUAAGCUGCAUUACCUCCUGAGGCUUAUUCUCAUACUAUGAUUUCACUCAAUUUUGCCCAUUAUUACGUUUUUUUAAUCCUAUGGUAAUUUGGAUGCAAGCAGGAUGACAUAAUAAAGGAAUUAAACGAU